GUUCCUGCUAUUCAGCAGAAAAGAACUGUAGCAUUUCUAAACCAGUUUGUGGUUCACACAGUGCAGUUUCUCAACCGCUUUUCUACUGUUUGUGAAGAGAAAUUGUCAGCACUCUCUCUCCGUAUCCAACAAAUUGAAACAACACUCAAUAUUUUGGAUGCAAAGUUAUCCUCUAUUCCUGGCCUAGAAGAUGUGAAAUUUGAAGUGUCCAGUGCAAAUAUGAACAGUGUUACAAAUGGUCCUGUGGCACAAGCUACUACAGAUCAACAGACAGCUGUAUCACCUCAAUCUGGCAACAAUAUACAUGAAGAAGGGUUACAGAAAAUGGAGGUUGUAACAGAAAAUGUCAGAACUGUGGCCAAGGAUCCAAGAUAUGCCAGAUACCUCAAAAUGGUACAAGUGGGUGUUCCUGUAAUGGCAAUACGGAACAAAAUGAUUUCUGAAGGGCUAAAUCCAGAUCUUCUUGAGACCCCAGAUGCCCCCGUGCCUGCCUGGGCAGAUGAUGGGAAAGCAGAAGAGAGUUCUGAUAGUGAAUCUUCAUUUAGUGACUGAAGAGACUCAUUUUGGCCUUUGGUAACCUCUGUUAAAUGCUGAUGUGUUUGGAACUUCAGCAGACAAUGGUUUUCUGUGAGUCAUGUGGGUGACAUGAUUUAUCAGACAGCAUUUUUAAGAACUAAGAUCCUUCAUGUUCUUUCCCAAAGAGUUUGAACAAGCAGUGUGUUUCAACCCAAACCUUUCCACCAUGAAAGUUAAUUGUGAGAUCCUUGCAUUUUUUAUGCUUCAUCGUUUCAGAUUCCUUUCUGAAUCUUCUGAAAUUACUUUGUAAGACUCUAAAA